AUGCUAAGAAGACAGCCUACAUCUGUAACACUGACAGCUGAAGAUGUCGAGCAAUUCAAACAAUUACUAUCCAAUCUCCAAGAGCAAAAGGACCAAAAGAACCUCAAAGAAAUGCAAGACGAAACAGCAGUGGAAGACUGUGAUCCAGACGACAUUUUCAUGGGCAAGUCGCUGCUGCUCAGUGAACGAAAGCGAAGAAGAGAAAUGGAGGCACGGCUAGGGCUACCAUCAGAAGAACAGCAGCAAGUAGAAGAGUUCAGCAGUAGCAAUGGUGAGCCUUUAUUUAAACGUGUACAUUUGUAA